AUGCUCGCCAACCAGAAGUUGCUCAUCGACACCAUGCAGGCCUGCCACAAGAACACGGAGAUGGUGCUGGGACUUGUGAACAAGGCAUGUGGCAAGAUGAGCCUGCCGGACAUGGUGGACGAGUGCGAGCUGUUUCGCCAUCUCCUCAAGGACACGGAUUCUAUGUUUGUGACCUUGCGGGAUGCAUCGACUGCAGACGUCGAACAGGUGCUCUCGGACGUCAAGAAAUAUGCGUCGGAUGUGGUCCAGAUCGACCUACAGCUUCCCGAAGAAACACCCUGGACGCUAAGCCGUGGAACCAAGACGGCUUUGAAAGACGGGGGCAACCGCUGCCUCAAGGCCGCUUCUUGCCACGGAGAGGAUCUGCACCUGUUGCUGCCGACAGUCGGGAUGACCGGCACAGCUAUUAGCGAUGCAUGGGGGCAGCUGGAAUACGGGCACUGUCACCUGGUCAGCAAUGGACGCCUUCUCCUGGGCAAGUUUGCUGUGUGGCAAGACCCGGUGAUGUCUACCCCUACAAGAAUCUUAGCCAGCCAGACGAGGAAAAAGAAGCUUCGAGCACAUUCCAUCCAUUCUAAUCUACACGUCACUGGUGUCACCAUCAAUAGCCACAACAUGUUCACAAUCGACAUCUACAACGUCCUGCAAGUGGAGAGUGGAGAGUUGACUACUCCUGAUGAUAUGAUGCUUCGACUUACUGAUGGGGAUGGUUCGUCGAUGAUGAUUACGGAUGAGGAUGAUUUCCGGAUGAUGUGUUCAACAAGGAUGAACAUGAUGAUGAUGUUGGCCACCAUGAUUUGA